AUGGCUCUCACCAACCUUACCAACACUUAUCAUCGCGACACCUACCCCGCAAUCUCUUCGACGAACCCCUCCCUCAGCCAAGCCGGUAAGACGGUGCUCAUCACAGGCGGAGGCAGCGGGAUAGGUUUCGAGAUCGUGCGGUCUUUCGCAAAAGCUAAGGCUUCCAGAAUAAUCAUCAUGGGGCGGAGGAUCACCGUCUUGGAAGACGCGGUAGUAAAGCUGCGGGAGGAAUUCCAAAACACAGAGUUCAUAGCUCAACAGGGUGAUAUCAGCGACGAGGUUUCCACAACCGCUGUAUGGGAUCAUCUCAACUCAAACAACAUCUUUGUCCAUGUCCUAGUGCUCAACGCCGCGCACCUCUCCCCCAUGGGACCCGAUACCCUGAAAAUGGAGAGGAAAGACCUCAUGGAGGCUUUCAACAUCAACGUCUGGGGCAAUUUCUCCAUGACAGCCAAAUUCGUAAACCAGCCGUUACGUCCGGUAGGCGAGAAGCUGAAUCUUGUGAACGUGUCAACGGCAGGGAUUCAGAUGAACCCUGCACCGACUCAGAAUCCAUACGUUACUUCCAAAGGGACGUUCACUGCGCUUCUCGGAAGGAUCGCGGACGAACAUCCUGUAGAGGAUGUACAGAUUAUUUCAUUUCACCCGGGUGCGCUUUAUUCAGAGAGUGGAGCCAAGUAUUUCGAUAAAGAUAUCAUUGAUUGGGAUGAAAUGGCGUUACCAGCAGACUUUGCCGUAUGGUCUGCCUCCCCAGAGGCAGCGUGGCUACAUGGUCGAUUCGUGUGGGCGCAUUGGGACGUGGAUGAAUUGAAAUCGGACAAGGAGAUUACAAAACGGUUGGAACAGGAAUCGGGUUUCUUGAAAGUCGCGGUGCAGGGGUUGACAGAGAUCUCUGCGACGUCGUUUUUGAAGAAGAAGUAG